AUGGCUGAAGCCGUUUUCUAUCCUCCAAAGAGGAAGAGAAAAGUAUGUGAGCAUUAUGAGUCUCCAUUUCCAAUCCCUUUUGAUCAGGACCAUGUUCCUAAGAAAGAAUUUAAAAUAUGCCAUGCUGAAAUGAUGAACAACAACAUAAUUGUGAGGAAUGAAGAGGAUAUUGAGCAACUAUAUGGGAAAGGUUAUUUUGGAAAAGGUAUUCUAUCAAGGAGCCGUCCAAACUUCACAAUUUCAGAUCCUAAGCUGGUUGCUAAAUGGAAAGGUAUAAGGACAAGCAAGCCCAUAAUUACAUCAAAGAAGUACCAGCAAGGUGUGGAAUGGGCUGCCAAACUCCUUUGUAGACAGGGACAGGAGGAAAGCACUGUGUAUAACAUCUUACAGGAGUAUACCAAGCCACUUAAACAACCUUCUUGGCAUAAAUGUGAAGAGGUUCCUUUUCAGGGUGAGCUCAACUAUGAAGUGGAUCCCAAAAUGGAAGCUCCAGAAGGUAGAGAGGAGCUUCUUGUGUUCAACAGAGACACUAGAGUGUCUGAUAGCUUGGAGGACCUGAACCAGCAAACUCACCGUCCAUGGCAGGCUUCCAGGCAGAAUAUUGGAACUACAAAUGGCUCCAGUGGACUUACAGUAGAGGAUGCUGCGCCCUUGUCCCAUAAUCGGCACAGCCACCAUGGUGAUCUCAUCAUGCCUAACACUCAGCCAAAGGAUGGAUGGUGUGAAAGUGUCCCCUCUAGCAGAAAAAGCAGGCCUGGUGACAAGUACGUGCUUGUGGAGGAAGUGGUUAGUGGUGUGAGCACGGGAGAGGAUGCACCGCAUGAGGAAUUGGUACAAACAAAGAGACUAAUAUGCAGAAGAAAGCCAUACUACAUUUUUGAGUACUUACAGCUCAGCCUUGAAGAGGCAUUCUUCCUGGUCUAUGCUCUGGGAUGUCUUAGUAUUUCCUUUGAGAAGGAGCCUCUGACGAUAAUGAAACUCUGGAAGGCUUUCACUGCUGUUCAGCCCUCAUUCAGGACCACGUAUAUGGCCUACCAUCAUUUUCGAAGCAAGGGCUGGGUGCCCAAAGUGGGGCUCAAGUAUGGAACAGAUCUACUGCUGUAUCGGAAAGGCCCUCCAUUUUACCAUGCAAGUUACUCUGUCAUCAUUGAGCUGGUUGAUGACCAUUUUGAAGGAUCUCUUCGCAGACCUUUCAGCUGGAAGUCACUGGCAGCCCUAAGCAGGGUCUCAGUUAAUGUCUCGAAGGAACUUAUGCUAUGCUAUUUGAUUAAACCUUCUACUAUGACUGACCAAGAAAUGGAGUCACCAGAAUGUAUGAAAAGAAUUAAAGUCCAGGAGGUGAUUUUAAGUCGUUGGGUUUCAUCACGAGAGAGGAGCGACCAGGAUGAACUUUAAUAACAACUCAAUCCCAUAAGUCUAAUUUCAAUAACAAACAUUUAUUGAGG